CGACUUCCUGUAGUCGGGAAACCGGAAGUCAGUAACUUGCAGGAUGGUGGAGAGAUCUGAGAGUGUAGUAGGCUGGGAGAGGCCGUGUGGGGAGAGCAGGUAAGCAGUCAUGGAUUCAUUGGAUGCCAUGCUGACUGAUUCCAUGGAGCUUGGGCCCUGUGUGGUGAACAAUGGGACACGUAUUAUGGAAGAAUGUAUGUUGGGAGGAACUAGAGUCAGUCUACCUGAAGACCUGUUAGAGGAUCCAGAGCUGUUUUUUGAUGUUGUCAGUCUGGAUACAUGGCAGAACGUACUGUCAGACUCCCAACGGGAACACCUCAAGCAGUUCCUGCCCUGCUUUCCUGAAGACAACGCUAAUCAGCAAGAACAGAUCAUCCAUGCUCUGUUUAAGGGGGACAAUUUCCGCUUUGGAAACCCUUUGCAGAUUGCACAGAAGCUGUUCCGUGAUGGACACUUUAACCCAGAAGUAGUGAAGUAUCGGCAGCUCUGUCUUAAGUCGCAGUACAAGCGAUAUGUGACUACUCAACAGCAGUAUUUUCACAAGUUGCUUACACAGAUUCUAGCAUCCAGAAAGGAGCUACUAGAUCUUGCCAGGAAAAAUGGCCCAGAUUUUGUGAUGAAACGAAAACCUGCCUCUUUAAGGAAUACUCCAGAAGAGCGGGAGAGACUGGCUCAGAGGCGAUACCUAAAGAUUCUGCGCGAGGUGAAGGAAGAAUGUGGAGAUGGCGCCUUGUCUUCUGAAGAGGAAGAUCUGAGCUCUUGGCUCCCUUCCUCUUCUACCCAUUCACCAAGUGUUGGAGUUCCAUUGAGAGUUAUACCUACACUUUCCACGCAGGAUAUGAAGACAGCAGACAAACUAGAACUUGACAACCGUGAUUUGAAGCUACUGUUAAGACGACAUCGGGAGAAAAGGAAACGUCAGCCGGAUCAUCCAGACCUAAUGACAGACAAUGUGACCAUGGAUGAUAUCAUGACUCGGGCUAACGCUGGUAGGAAAGGAUCACUUGCAGCCCUUUUUGAUCUGGCCACCAUAAAGAAACGAGUGAAGGAGCGAGACAAGAAAAAGAAGAUGAAAGUCAUCAAAACAGAAGUAGAGGAUUUCCCAGAGCCCCCCGAGAGAACUGACCUGCUGCCUCCGCUUUUGCCGCCAGAUAGCCCUCCGAUGACCUUGACAGCAGUGAAGGAAGAACCUUUAGAGGACGUAAAACCACCUCUUCCAUUCAAUGAAAUAUCUGCAAGUUUCUUCUGCCUGCUGCUGGACAUACUAAUGAUGGAGGGGCCUUGCAGCAUCCCCCUUCUAGAAGAUAAGGUUGCAGAUUGGCAGUCAUCGCCAGCAAGCACAUUAAAUAGCUGGUUCUCUGCUGCACCUAAUUGGUGUGAUCUGGUGCACUCUGCACUUUUUUACUUGAGUGGGGAGAGCAAAGGAGCCUCUUCCAGCUUUGCUCCUUUUGUGGAAUUCAGAGAAAAGACCCAGCAAUGGAAGUGUAUUGGAUCUUCACUUGAUAAUGAAAAGGAGUUGGUUGCUCUUUUUCAACUCUGGCUAGAGACAAAAGAUCAGAUAUUUUGCAAGGAUAAUGAAGACAGCAUUGAUUCAACUACUCCUGUCCCAAGGGUUAGGACUGAUUUCAUUGUGCGCCCAAGCUCUUGGGAUGAGAAGCGCGUGUUUCAGGAGCAGGAGCGGCACCGUUACAGUCAGCCUCACAAGGCCUUCACGUUUCGCAUGCACGGCUUUGAGUCUGUUGUGGGUCCUGUCAAGGGUGUUUUUGACAAGGAGACGUCGCUAAAUAAAGCUCGAGAACACUCACUGCUGCGCUCUGACCGCCCUGCUUACGUCACUAUUCUCUCCCUUGUACGUGAUGCUGCUGCCCGACUCCCAAAUGGAGAAGGAACACGUGCUGAGAUAUGUGAGCUUCUGAAAGAUUCUCAGUUCCUGGCACCUGAUGUUACCAGUGCACAGGUUAAUACCGUGGUGAGCGGAGCUCUCGAUAGACUGCACUAUGAGAAAGAUCCCUGCGUCAAGUAUGACAUUGGGCGUAAGCUGUGGAUCUAUCUCCAUCGGGAUCGUAGUGAGGAGGAGUUUGAGCGGAUACACCAAGCUCAGGCCGCAGUGGCCAAAGCCAAGAAGGCUCAACAGCAGAAGCCAAAACCUCCAGCUAAAGUGAAAUCUAGUAAGGAGUGCUCCAUAAAGAUCAGUGGAACACCAGAGCCCGGGCAACUUAAUCUAAACGACUCAAGCAGCAUGCCUGCAACUCCGGGCACUCCUGGGACCCCAACCCCACCAGCACUACCAGCAACACCAAUGUCACCAACAUCUGCUGCUGUCAGCAAGAUAGUCCCUAGCACCGUUGCAGAGACACCCAAACCCAGCCCAAGCGUUCUCCUGGUGUCCUCUCCAACCAUGCCACAGCUGAGCACACUGCUGUCUCCAUCAGUUACAAGUCAGACAGCACCAGUGACACCAACACCUGUACGUACAACUGCGCUUUCUUCGACUUCUGGACUUCCCCAAGUGCGAAUAGUGACUACCUCUACAGGAAUACCUGCAACUGCGCCUGCUGCUAUUGUGACACAGCCUCUGUCCUCUGCUGUAUCUCACAUCAGAUUGCCGGCCACAUCCACCCCCACUCCCACCAAAGUCUUCACACAAACUCAGAUGGUGACAAUGCCAGUGAAAGCGCCAACUAGUGUUUGCGCUCCUGCCACAAGGCCGACAUUACCCACUCAGGGCGGCAUCACUGUUACUGCACUGAGCUCUGCUGCUGGUGCCGCCUCCAAGUCAGUGGUUAGCUCCCCGGGAGGAUCUGGUCCGACCAUCCUCCAAAGCAUUACUGGUCAGAGUAUCAUCAAACAGGUGGCACUCUCUGGGCAGCUAGGAAUGAAAGCACAGGCUGGAGCGAGCCUUCCUCUUUCAACAACCAACUUUCGCAUCCAGGGCAAGGAUGUGUUACGCCUGCCGCCUUCUUCCAUUACCACAGAUGCCAAGGGCCAGACCAUCCUGCGCAUUACCCCCGACAUGAUGGCUACGCUGGCCAAAUCCCAGGUUACUGCUGUGAAGUUGUCUCAGGAGCUUUUCACUGCAGCACCGGGUGGCAGCUCAGGCAAGGGAUUAUUACACAUGGCUUCCAAUCCUUCCUCACCUUCUCCUCCAGCUACUAUCAAGGUUAAUCCGGAUAUUAAGCCAGCAGAACCAAGCACCUCUAGUUUCAGACUUAUGCCAGCCUUGGGGGUCACUGUAGCUGAUCAGAAAGUAAAGGCAGCUUCUGCUAGUGACUCUAAACCCCCCACUACAAUACGGAUUGUUCAAGGACUUGGUGUGGUGCCCCCAAAGGCAACAGCGGGACAGAGUAUUACCGUGUCUGCCAAGCCAAUCUCUGUUGUUUCUAGUAAUGUGGUUAGUUCAGUCCAAACUGCCACCACAGUAAGCAUACCAACUAUAAACAGCAUGGUAACCAAACCUGCACCAACUGCGCUCACCAUGGGCACCACCACAGUACGGCAAUUCCCUGUGUCUACAACUCAACAGGGCAAACUCCCAGCCCGUAUCACUGUUCCCCUGUCUGUGCUCAGCCAACCCAUGAAGGGGAAAAGUGUGAUGACUGCGCCAAUCAUCAAGGGAAGCCUUGGUGCAAACAUUAGUGGUUUGGGACGAAACAUUAUCUUAACAACUGUACCAGCUGGAACAAAACUUAUCGCUGGUAACAAGCCAGUGAGCUUCCUGACAGCUCAGCAACUGCAGCAGCUCCAGCAGCAGGGCCAGGCAACGCAGGUUCGUAUACAGACCGUUCCAGCCUCGCACCUUCAACAGGGAUCAUCGCCUGUGUCUUCCAAAGCAGUGUCUACUGUUGUUGUGACAACAGCUCCCCCUCCCAAACCGACCCAGGAGCCGCAGUGAGAGCUUCACUGGUUCAUCCUGGAGGACUCAUCUUGGUAUUUUCCUGCAACUUGGAGGAUUUAUCUUCCUGGAGUUUCCAGUGCUUUGCAGAUCCUCAUCCUGGAGGGCCCAGAACAUUGCAGUCCCUCAUUCUGGAGGGCCCAGAACAUUGCAGUCCCUCAUUCUGGAGGGCCCAGAACAUUGUAGUCCCUCAUUCUGGAGGGCCCAGAACAUUGCAGUCCCUCAUCCUGGAGGGCCCAGAACAUUGCAGUCCCUCAUCUGCAAAACUACAUCUCAGCGUUUAGAGAACAGUAGUGCACUUGGUUUCAAGCCACUUUUCCUCUUCCAACAAGUGUAACCUUUUAUCAACAAAGCCAGUGACAUUGUUAGGACAAACUAUAGGAAGCUAAAGCUGAUGUCUUGUCUGGCCUCUUCCCAUAAUCCUUUGUGUUUGUUUUCCAAGAUGGAACAUAAGAUUUGUUGUGGAACACCCCGCUGUUAACAUAAUUCUCAGCCUUUCUUGUGAAGCUGGUUUAGCUGUGGGGAAUGUUGUUUUUCAGACUUGCUUUUUAACAUCUGAUAUAUUUUUAUUUCUGCUGAAAGUCUAGUAAUUUAACAAAUGUUUUAUAUGUGUGAGAGAGAGUGAGCAUGCACGCAUGAAUGAAGAGUUUCUAUUUAAAGCUGUAGAAACGGUAAAAAAAGUAAUAUGCUCAAAAUUUAAAUUAUAUUUAAAAAGUGAAAAUUACUUAGAAGUUCUUGUUAAUAUGUAUAGCAUAAGCUGCUGAUUUCUGUCCAAGGAAGACGAGAUGCAGGUAGGAAGUCCGGCACUUUAUAACAGUGGAAUAUUUGUGAGUGAUCCGUUGUUCGGAUUUAUUUGGCGUUGUUUGGAUUACGGAGGUUUGCCUGUUCUUCAUCUAAUAUAUUAUUUAUUUAACUCUCCAGCGUACAGCCUCGCUAAACCAAACCUUAUCAGUCAUAGGUGAUAAAUAGAAUAUAUUAUCCAACUUAAUGACUGUAGCACUCUGUGACCAGGAGGAUUAUUGGUCACUGCUUAUCGGUAUGUUAAAGGGAUAUUAAAGUCAACAAAAAUCUCCCUGUAAAUUUUAAUUAAGAUCUAUUAAACAACGUUGUAGUAUA